CUCGGCCUCCGCGGCCGCGGAGCGCCCCGCGGCGCCCGACCCGCUUCGCCGCCGCCCGCUCGCCGCGCGGCCCAGAGGGGGCGCCCUUCGCCCAGGCUUCCCCGGCGGCGGCGGCGCGCCGGGCCGCGGGGCAGCGCGCAGCGGCUCCGCGGCCGCGCCGGGGGAAGGGGACGGCGCCGGGGAGCGCCGGGGGAAGGGGACGGCGCCGGGGAGCGGCGGGGGAGACCGGCCGCGGCGUGCCUGCGCCGUGCCGCCGGUGCGAGGGCGCUGCGGCGCGGAGCGGGGCCGGCGCGGAGCGGGCGGGCGCUCCCAGUCUCGGCGCGGGGCAGCCGCCCCCGCCGGCGCUGCGGGGCGCCGCGCAGCCCUGCCCGCCCCGCGCCCCGGCAGCACACCCCGCUGCGCGCCGCGGCCAGCGCGCCGCUCCCGCUAUGUGCGCUGCGGGCCGCCGCCGCGGCAGCCCCCGCGCGGAGCGCCCCGGCCCCCCCCGCCCGCCCGCCCGCCUCCGCGCCCCUCCGGCCCCGCGGCAAGCGCAGCGCGCGGCACCCGGCCCGCUCGAGCGAACAAACCACCGCCCGCCCCGUCGCGAAGCCAGCCCGACGGGGGGGAAAAUUAGCAGGAGGAGAUCAGAGGAAGAUAAGCGAGGAGCGAGCCGCUUCCCCGAGACCUUCCACUGCGGAUCCGAGAGGGAACAUCAGACGCGUUAAAACAAAACAAAACAAAACACAACACCGCGUUCAAGCCAGCACAAGGCGAGCGAAAGAUCAAAAAGAGGCGGAAAGAGAGAGGGAGAGAGAGACAGAUUAACUGGAGCAGCAGCAGCAGCAGCAGCAGCAACAACAACAACAAAAAUCACACUUAAAACAAUAAUAAUAAUAAUAAACCCCAAAGCACCAACAAGGGAGAUUUUGUUUAAAAGGAGCGAGCGAGGGAGCGAGCAGAAGAGCUGGUCUGACCGAGUGGAUCCGUGCAGCUACUCCCGGGAUCGCCGCGACCGCGCCGACUGCGCGCUCCGCGGAGCCGCUGCCCGCGGCGGCGCCGCGCCCGGGACCGCGCCGCAGCGUCCGCGCCGGACUCCGGACCCUCCGCGCUGACGCCGAGAAAACGCGUAUCUGUAAGAGCGGCCCGGCGCGGGGAGAAGAUCCCCGUGGAUCCGCUGGCCGCGUACCUCCUCCGCGCCCGCCCAAAUUAUGCUCCAGGUCAACUUUGAUCGCGCGCUGAGAAGCAGCAGGCGCUGAGGGGAGCGACCGCGCCGCAGCGCAGCGGAGCCGACCCGCACCCACGGCCGGCGGACUGUUGUCGUGCGGGGGCGGAGUGGGCGGGGGGGCACCGGCAGCGCUUCUCCCCCCCCCCCCCCCGGCUAUAAAUUGGAUUGUGUAUAAAUCUGCUCCGUUUAUCUCCGCGAGCCCCCUCCAUGACGCCGGACUGAGGAGCGGCUCUCGGCCCGCCCGGACGCCGGCGCAGCGAGCGAUGGAGCAGCAGCGGCGGCGCUCGGGGAUGCCCCUGUGAAGCGGCGCGGGGCUCCCGGGGCAGCGCGGCGGCGCCUCCUGCCUCCCGCCCGCCCGCCCGGCUCCCCUCGCCGCCUCGCGGCUCCGCGCCGCCGCCCCCGCCCUUCCCGCGGGCGCUGCGGCCGCCCCCUCACCUGCUGCCGCCCCCUCCCCCGGGCUCGCCGCGGCCAGCCCGCCGCCCCCCCGGCUCGGCCGCGGUGCCUGCGCGGGCAGCCUCCCCCCGCCGCCUCGCCGGCGGCGCGCACCGCUCGCCGGGCGCCCCCUCGCCGCGGCCCGGCUCCCCCCGCCGCGCAGCGGCUGCGGCCCCCGGCUGGGCUGCCACCGCCCCCUCCGCGCCGCGGAGCGCACGGAGCGGCGCUGCCUGCAGACGGGCUCCCUGCGGCGCGUCGCGGCGGCCCCCAGCUCGGCGCCCCGCUCCUCCGCCAUGGACGGGGCGGCUCGCCGGGGGGUGCUGGCCGCGCUGCUGGCCUGCGGGCUGCUGCUGCUGGGCGCCGCGGCCACCCCGACCCCGCCGGCGCCCGCCGGCGGCUCCCCGCAGGACACAUGCACCUCCUGCGGCUUCCGGCGGCCCGAGGAGCCGGGCAAGGUGGACGGGGAUUUCCUGGAGGCGGUGAAGAGGCACAUCCUCAGCCGGCUGCAGAUGCGGGACCGGCCCAACAUCACGCACGCCGUGCCCAAGGCGGCCAUGGUCACGGCGCUGCGCAAGCUGCACGCCGGCAAGGUGCGGGAGGACGGCCGCGUGGAGAUCCCCAGCCUGGACGGGCAGGCGAGCGCCGGGCCCCCGGCCCACGACCCCGUCUCCGAGAUCAUCAGCUUCGCCGAGACAGACGAUCUGGCCUCAUCUAGAGUCCGCCUCUAUUUCUUCAUCUCGAAUGAAGGGAACCAGAACUUGUUUGUCGUUCAAGCCAGCCUGUGGCUUUACUUGAAGCUGCUUCCAUAUGUCUUAGAGAAAGGCAGCAGGCGAAAAGUAAGAGUCAAAGUCUAUUUCCAAGACCCGGACACUAGCAACAAGUGGAAUGUGGUUGAAAAGAAAGUUGAUCUCAAAAGAAGUGGUUGGCACACUUUUCCCAUGACAGAGGCGAUCCAGGCUCUGUUUGAGAAAGGAGAAAGGAGACUGAACUUGGAUGUUCAAUGUGAGGGCUGUGAAGAGUAUUCAGUGCUGCCAAUUUAUGUGGACCCCGGGGAGGAAUCCCACCGGCCUUUUUUAGUGGUGCAAGCCCGUUUAGCUGAUAACAAACACAGGAUCCGGAAAAGAGGUCUGGAGUGUGAUGGCAGGACCAAUCUAUGUUGCAGGCAACAGUUUUACAUUGACUUUAGACUCAUUGGGUGGAAUGACUGGAUCAUAGCACCAUCAGGUUACUAUGGGAAUUACUGUGAAGGGAGCUGCCCGGCCUACUUGGCCGGAGUCCCAGGGUCAGCUUCCUCUUUUCACACCGCGGUAGUGAAUCAGUACCGAAUGCGGGGGCUGAACCCGGGCACCGUGAACUCCUGUUGCAUUCCAACCAAACUUAGCACAAUGUCAAUGCUGUACUUUGAUGAUGAAUACAACAUUGUGAAAAGGGACGUUCCCAAUAUGAUUGUGGAAGAAUGUGGUUGUGCUUGAUUUAAGGUGUGUUUUUUGGGGGGGAGAGAGAGAGAAAACAUUCCCGUACUAGAUGGUAUUGGAGGAAGUUUCGCUGUGUAUCCAGGCAUCAGUGUUGAAAAGUCACUGUGGAAAAGUUUGACUUAAAAAAAAAAAAAUCAUUUCACUUUGGUGUCAGGACAGUGGCAGUUUGUGGAUCUUGGACACUUAUAUAUUCUACCACUUAUAAGUUAAUGCUAUGAAAUAUCUUAAAGACACAAACACACACACAAUGUGCACGUGCACACACACACACACACACACACACAGACAAACACGUGCUCAUAUACACACACACACAGACACACAGACACGCACACGACAGCUUGAAAAAGGGAUGUAAGUAGGAGGAAGUCAGUGACCAGUGACAAUGUAACUAAAUGCCUGCCAGUACAAGUGAAUGGCUCAGCAGCUGUUUCCCCACCUGCUAGUGAAGUCAGACCGAAAUGAGCUCCCUUUGCUCAGGCAAAAGCACAAACUAAGAGAACACAACAUAUUCUUGCACGCAGGUGUCAAAAUGACCAAACUUAGAAAUUAAAAAAAAAAAAAAGGCAAGAAGAAGAAGACUGUCACCUCUUAGGUCUAAUGGGAAGCUGCAGAACACCUGCCUUUGUAGGUGAUCACUUCCUCUUAAUUUAAAUUUAUCUAAAUAUAAACAUCACAGAUACCCACAUCUUCAUACCGCACUUCCAGUAAGGAAUCAUGUGAUAACACCAGAGAGAGCGAGAGUGAGAGAGAGGAAAGGAGACAGAUACAUAAGCAACUGCUGUAUUUCUAACGUCAGACUGUUGCGAAGGCACAAGCUGGGCUGGCAUUAUUUGAUGCUUUAACUGACCACUAGAAAGCCGUGGACGGCUAUACCUGUUGUGUCUCGGAAAAGGGGAUUUGAUACCGUAUCUGGACUGUGUUGACCGUUAGCAUCUCUCACUGUUCUAAGAACAAAAAAUCAAAGUUGCAAUCUGUGUUCUUCAACAGGGGACUCAGCAAGGACACGUCACGUGGGGAAAAACAAACAAACAAACGCUACCACGACUAAACCAAUGAACCCUAAAGAGGAAUGACAGUAAUACAGUGGAGACAUUCUGAAAAAUGCAGUGCAUUUAAUAACAGGCGAGGAACAUUUUAACAAGUCUUGGAAAGGAGGAGAGAGGAGAGUGCUUUCAAUUUCCUUACCAGGAGGUGUCAAGGAUGGCCAUAAAGAUCAGAAAAUAAUGAUACAGCAUAGCACUUGCAAACUGCUUGAAUGCACGUAUAAUAGCACUUGCAAAUUUCAAUGCCUUGAAAAGUGGUACUUGAUAGUGCACUUAUCUUUGCUCACUAUCUAGGUAAACAGGUGCCGCAUGAGCUAUGCAAUUUAAAGUGUUGACCCAUACUAGACAAAACUGGACUUAUGAUAUGACUUUUUUAUAUUUUUUUAUACUUGAAAUUAAAUCUUUUGCUUCUUUUUUAAAGCGAAUGAUUGCUUUUAAUGUUUGCACUGAUUUAGUUGCAUGAUUAGUCAAAAAACUGCCAUUUGAAAAAAAUGUUAUUUUUAUAGCAGCAAAAAAUGAAUACAGUUAAAUGUAUUAUACAUAAAUUUUGGAACCAAAGAGGCCAACAUAUUAGUUAUAAUUUUUAUGAGAUGGCAAAGCCAUCAUAUAUCAUGUAGUCAUACUGAGCAAUCCCUCACGAGGCCUACCAAUUAUUUCAGGGUACAAAAUGGAUUCUGUUUGUUCUAUUCAGUGUCUUUUCUAUACCAUACGCACAUGGAACGUAGAGUGAAAAAAUGACUAUUGUAGAAUACAUUACAAUAUGUGCAUCCUUUAAAUCCAAUUUUUAUGUUUAUUUAAUAAAGUUCCUUUUAGGUUCUGUUCCAUAAUAAUUUAAACCAAACAAUUUUCACUUAGAUUUGCUGUUGAAGUAUUUUACAUUUGUGUACAGUUUAAAUAAAUAAAAAAAAAGACUGAAAA